UGUUAGUCAAGAGUCUGCGAGGGUAUUUUUAUCUUUUCAUGGCUACAAUUCCAUGACCAUUACCCCUAUAAGUGCCAAGAUUGAACAAUUUUGGAGAAGCCUCGCACACGUUCCUUCCGUUUGUUCGGUUCUGUGUAUCUCAUUUUCUUUGACAAACAAACAACUUUAGGCUGGAGUGCUGUUACAGAUAUGGAGAAUGAGAAGGCGGAAUUGCGUGUUUGUAAUGUUGAAGAUGAGCUCCAAGAAGAGGAGAAGAUCGAGAAGUUUUUUUCGCUGAUUAGAAAAUUUCACGAAGCGCGUAAUCGUAGAAGAGAAGAGUUGAAUGAGUUGGAAGAAACAAGAAAGAAGGAUAAGAUUAGGAGGAUUGAUAAUGGGCAUGAAGAACAAUCAAGUUGGGUUCCGUCAUUUGAAUGGCAGGAUUUCACUGAAGAGAUCGAAUUUAGAAGGCCACCUAUAAUUUUUCCCAGCCCUUGUAACAAGAAAGAAGAAAAGAAACGAGUUGACGAUGACGGUUUAGACCUUAAUCUCACCCUUUAAUGUAUUGCCUGUUCUUGAUAUUUAUGAAAUAUUAGUGAAUCAGAAGAUUUUGUUCUUUUUUUUUGUUUGCUUCUGAUGUUUUGAUGAUUUCACGAAAGUUAUUUGUUUAUCUGUGGCUGAUUGAUUGAGAGGUUUUGAAAAUACAGAAGUAAAACGAAUGCGUAUGAAAGUGAACUUUGAUUUUCAUCUGUAA